AUGAAACCUCUGGCUACUAAUCAAGACAGGAGCCGGACUGAGCGCACUCCACCAGCCAGAACCCGUGAUCUCAAGUGCUUUAGGUGUCAAGGGUUUGGGCAUUAUGCCUCUGAUUGCUUGAACAAGAAAGUGAUGAUCAUCCGCGACAAUGGAGAGAUUGAGUCCGAGGAGGAUCCAGAGCCGGAGAAACCAGAGGAAGAAGAAGAACCUGAGGAGUAUGAGGCUGUGCCUGUCAAAGGCAAACUUCCACACUCGAUGCUUAGUCCAAGACAAAGGUGUGCAGCUUGA